UCAUCAGUCUGCGUUUGGUGGCCAAAUAUCAGGACAGCAUUUUUCACAUGCCCAAAAUGCGCACGUCAUGAAUGGCUGGGCAUCGUUUAACGAAACUGCAGUUUCAAUACCUAACGAGGGUUCAUACUCAUCCCAAACACCAUCUCUUCACUAUCAGACUCAAACACAGCCGUUCCCGAUGGAGGAUCGACAGCAAUCCAGCAGCAAGACUAUAGCGCUUAACGACAACACACAAAUCCUCUAUAUCACUGAUGAUUCGGCACAAAAUCUCCAAAAGACACAUAUAAUCUAUCAAUCAGAUCCUGCCGUCCAGCAAAAGCCUCAUUUUGACGGAUACUUUCAUCCAUCUGCUGCAUUAAAUCAUCCUCCACCAGUUUUUACACAUUAUAACACACAUCCUUGUGUAAUUCCUCAAAUGAGCCAUUCAUGGCCUAUGAUAGCGCCUCAGAUGAACGCUAAUAUUAUGUGCGAUGCUCUAAACGCUCGUCAUAAUCCGUUCUGUCAGAUUUCCAGGCCUCCGUUAAAUUUUAAUCAGGCUUUUAAUUCAAAUGUAGUCCCGUGUAUGAAUAGUCCCACAUGGUCGUGUCCUCAUCAGAGCGUUUACCCUUUACCGCGGUCAGAAAGUGAAGUCUACGAAGAACACAGCGGUCAUGCGAAGAACAGUUACACUCAGAAGGAUCUAUCUGAAUACUCACAGAUCAUGGAGACCUUAGGGUCAAAGGUCAACGAAGAAUCAAUGGUCAGCAAAGGGUCAGAGGUCACGACCGGCGUUGAGGAAGAGGACGAUGAUGUGUGUGCGCAGUUCAAAAACGGUGAAUUUCUGACUGAGGCUGAUUUGGACAUGGACUACAUCAACUUUCUGCUGUCCUCAGAUCACAACAUAUCCGACAUCCUCACCGAAAACUGCAGAAACACUCCUGGAUGUUCAGACUGGAUCCCUACAGUGGUUUUUGAAGCACAGAUUCAGUCGGCAUGGACUCCACAGCCUGAUUCCAGUUCAUCCAAAACCACAGAUCUGCGCUUACCUCAAGACCCAUUUCAUGCAUCUAAAACACAUGCAUGUCAGGAGAUUAUGAUGGAAAAUGAGCUUCUUACUCUUCCUGAGCAUCUGUUUGCCGAUCACGAGGGCCAAAAUACACAAGCAGAGCAAAAUGAUUCAAUUAGAGAGUCUGUAAAUCUUGAAUCUGAUAGAAACAGCACAAGACAACAAGAUGAGACUGUUGACUCGGUCACUCAAACAUCGACUAAAAACAUAGUAAAUAAUCAGAAAUUGGAGUAUGAUGGAGGCAAAAACAUGGACCAAGAAAAAAUGGAUAAAGAUCAACAUGUGAUAAAUACAAUUGACGGUGGCGACACAAACUCAGAGUUACCCAUUGCUUCCCAACGUCAAGUCAAAACAAACACAGCGAAAACUGACGGAAAUACUGUUAACAAAGUUAAAAGAUCCAGAAGACGCAAACACCGAAAGACAACGAAGCCCAAUGAGAGAUCAGCGCCUGAAAAUGAAGAUGAAAGAACAGAAUCGACUGGAAAAACUCAAGGAAGAUUGAAGAGAAGCAGAAAGAAACGGCAAAAUAAGCCAAAAAGGGAUGAGAAAUGCAGCAGUGUGAGGACCAGAGAGAAGAAAACAUGGAAGAAAUGAAGUGAAUAAAGACAAGCGACGAAAAAAGCAAUGAAACAUAGCGGAAAAUAAUACUGACGUGUUGAAUGCUAUUAGCGGAAAGCAUGUAAACAAACUAGAAU